CGGCCGGCGGGCAGUCGCCGCCACAGCCGUGCCUGGCAGUGGGCAGCCCCCAGCGGCUCCGGGACCCGCGGCCCCCUCUUCCCGCCAUGCCACUCACGGCCGUCGCCCUCCUGCUGCUGGGGGCCCCGCUGGCGCUGGCCGGCUCCGGCUGCCUGGGGUACCUGGACGAGGACGACGCCUGGCACCCGGGCUUCAGCUGCCAGCCCUUCACCUUCUGCUGCGGGACCUGCCACCGUCGCUCCUGCUGCCGGGACCUGAGCCUGCUCAUCUCCGAGUCCCAGCAGAAGCGCUGCCUGGGCUUCAGCCCCAAGUUCACGGCGGGCCUGGCCGCAGCCCUGACCCUCUUCCUGGCCGUGGUCGCCUCCGCCGCCUGCUGCUUCUUCUGCACCUGCCGCUACCUGGCCCGCCGGCGCCGGCGGCUGCAGAGCCCCUGUGCAGGCCAGGAGAUUCCAAUGACAGGCGCCCUCGUGCAGCCGGCUUACCCGUACCCGCCGGACCCCAAGGCUGGCCCCGGCCCCCCGCCCCCGGGCUUCCUGUGCGCCCCCAGUGCUCCUCCCCAGCCUCCUCUCUACCCGGCAGGGCCCCCUGUCUACAGCCCUGCAGCUCCGCCCCCUUAUCUGCCACCGCAGCCCGCCUACCCCGGAGCCUGAGGGACUGACCGUCUGCUGCUCUCACAGGCCUGCCUGUGUCUGCCUCUGGCUCUGGCCCUGGCAGGGGUCACCCAUCAACAGGCCCCCAGCCAGCCACCCCCUGGGCCGUGCAGGGAAGUGGACAGGAUCUGGGCGGGAACUCGGCCCUGAAGGAGGGCUGGUGGGGGGCUGGCGUGGCUGCACUAUUUUUAUUUUUCCUGGGGGCCUGGGGAGGACCGCAGUGUGGGUCACCGCCCGGCCCCUCCGCUCCCAGGACCCCCCUGCUCGCCCUGGCGGCUGUGUGGGGCUCUGUCAGCUGCCCGCGGGAGCCCGCUGGCCGUCCCUCUGUCCCCGCUGGGCUGCCAUUAAAGCUGAGAGGCAACUCACGUGGUCCGUGGUCCUCACCGUCCG